AUGACGUCUUUGUUAAUCCACUUUUCUCCCAGUAACCCGUCUUUUGGCUAUGAAGCUUUGAGGGUCUUGGGCUACCGCAAUUAUGGCGGCGCCGACGUCGCAGAGACGGGAGAAGAUAGCCUGGCCAAAGGCAAUGUCCGUAGGGCGGAAGAAGCUUUCUUGAGAGCUUCUAACUAUUAUCGGACUGCCGAAUUCUAUCGUCGCAGUGCCCCUUUCGAGGACGAGAUUUCGAACAACCUGGCCACUGCUUUUAGUGCGGCAUUUGUAUCGGCCGCACGGCUGAUGCAAUACCCUUUCGAGGAGAUCAGCAUUCUCUACCGGAACACCACACUGCCUGGCUUCAUCUUCAAUGCAGCACGGAUACUUCGCCACGACCAACCAUUAUCUUCAACGGAGGGUUUGACUGUGUUAUCAAGGAGUCCUGACCCCAAUAAGCUGGUACUCUUCGGCUGGAGCAUCGACGGCUAUCUCGCAGCGCGUGCCGUGACAAGCGAGCACCGCUUCGCAGCUGUCAUCUUGGAUGAUGGUGUCUUCGAUUUCGGCAGCGCCUUUCGUACUUCGCUGCCGUCCUUUGUGAACUAUCUGACAGAUAAGAACUGGGACAAGACAAUCGGGGUCAUCUUGAGGACGGCUUCGAGGUUUGAUAAUGGAGCUCGAUGGGGGAUUCUCAAUGCGAAAUGGACCUUGGGGCUCAUAUCCGAGGCCGAGGUUCUUAAAGAGGUCUCGAAGUACAAUUUAUCGGGGUUGACUGAUAUGAUAACCAGCACCACCCUGGUUUUGGACGCACCGGACGACCAUUUUCUGAAGGGUCAGCCCCAGGAACUAUUUGGUCGGCUGAAAUGCGAGAAGAAGUUUGUUUCCUUGAGAAGUGAGCAGGGUGCAACCACACAUUGCCAAGGCGCAUUCUCUUCAUUGCACCAGGUCAUUUUUGACUAUUUGUAUGAAGUUGGGGUUCUUUCAAGCUAG